GAUCCAACCCCACUCCCUGUGACAGCCAUGAAGAGAAGCACCCUCCUCAUCCUCUCCAUCACAGGGGUCUUCUGUGCCAUUCUCCACACAGCAGCAUGGUCUGUGAAUAACUUUCUGAUGACAGGACCUAAGGCUUACCUGACGUUCUCCAGCAGCGUGGCGGCCGGGGCACACAGCGGGAUGGAGGAGUGCAAGUUCCAGUUCGGCUGGGAGCGCUGGAACUGCCCCGAGAGCGCCCUGCAGCUCUCCACCCACAACCGGCUCCGCAGCGCUACCCGGGAAACCUCCUUUGUGCACGCCAUCAGCUCGGCCGGGGUCAUGUACACCCUCACCAGGAACUGCAGCCUGGGAGACUUCGAGAGCUGCGGCUGCGACGACUCCAGGAACGGCCGCGUCGGUGGCCGAGGCUGGGUCUGGGGAGGAUGCAGUGACAACGUGGAGUUUGGGGAGAAGGUUUCCAAGCUUUUUGUGGAUGCCUUGGAAACAGGACACGACACCCGCGCGCUGAUUAACCUGCACAACAAUGAAGUCGGGAGACUUGCGGUGAAAGACACAAUGAAGAGAGCCUGCAAGUGCCACGGGGUGUCGGGCAGCUGCAGCAUCCAGACCUGCUGGCUGCAGCUCGCCGAAUUCCGCGAGAUCGGCAACUACCUGAAGAUCAAAUACGACCAGGCCCACAAGCUGGAGAUGGACAAGAGGCGCGUGAGGGCCGGCAACAGCGCCGACAGCCGCGGGGCCACGGCCGAGGCCUUCCACCACAUCCACGCCACGGAGCUCGUCUUCCUGGAGGACUCCCCCGACUACUGCACGAGGAACGCCAGCCUGGGCCACCACGGCACCGAGGGCCGCGAGUGCCUGCAGACCGGCAAGAACCUGUCGCAGUGGGAGAAGAGGAGCUGCCGGCGGCUCUGCACCGAGUGCGGGCUGCGGGUGGAGGAGCGCAGGACCGAGGUGGUGGCCAGCUGCAACUGCAAGUUCCACUGGUGCUGCACGGUGCGCUGCGAGCAGUGCCGGACGCUGGUGGCCAAGCACUUCUGCACCCGCCGCGCCGCCGCCGCCCCCAACCACAUCCGGCACAGGAGCAGGGGCCACAGGAGAUAGGGGACGCU